AUGACACGAAAAACUUUGUUACUUGUCCUGCUAUUGUUUUUGUUCUCAAAUGCAACUUUUUCACAACUGCCACAGCCUUCGCCGCCGUCACAGCCUUCGCCGCCAGGGAAUAUAGGAACAAGUACAAGUCCGAUUUCACCAGUCAUCACAUCAACACAAAGUCCAUCUCUUUUGACACCUGUUGCGACAUCUUCGACCGCGAUAAAUGUUCCACCUCCGCCAAUAUCAUCAAGUUCUAUCUCGUUACCUACGCCAAUAACAACGACAAAUUUAGUCCCAACAACGACAAGUAUAAUCCCAACAACGACAAGUUUAAUUCCAACAACGACAAGUUUGAUUAAAACAACGACAAGUUUGAUUCCAACGACGACAAGUUUGAUUUCAACAUCUCCCACUUCACAGACGACAAACAAUCAAACAGGCAGCAGCACUGUUUUAUCUUCUUCAAGAUAUGGGAAAUGCGGACAACUGGAAACAUUUAAUUCAUUCAACGUGUGGUAUUCGAAAAAACAUAAUAAAAUUGCAUUCAAUGCCACCGGAACGAGUUCUUUGGACUUAAGCGAUAGACAUGCAAAAUUAUUUGUGUAUUUCGAUCCAUCGCAUAUAUUUUUCGUGGAUCGACCGAUAUGUUCUUUCUUCAACAAUAGUACUUGUGUGUUUGGUGAAAUCACGGAUCUUAACUUUUCAAUAGCAAGUAUCGUUGACACACAAUUUAUAAGCGCAUUGCCAGAUAUAAUUUUCGAUGUACCGGGGACAGGAUCUUUUGCCAUUCUCACGUUAACUGCAUCAAAUCAAUCCAAGAUGGGUUGUGCAUAUGCAUCAGUUGGUAAUCCGGACCUUGUAAAAUCUAAUAUCGUGUCCGGAAUUUCAGCAGGAAUUGCAAUCUUAAGUGCAUUAUUAAUUAUCAUGACGUGGAAUUCAAAGUUAUGGCAAGCUAGAAACAAGAAAGAAAAACAAGGUGAUCCAAAGAAUCCCGAUAAACAUUUCUCCAAAGAAGAAUAUAAUGAUCCCCAGAAUCCUUUGGCUUUCUGGAGUGAUUAUCAACCCAAUACGCCUUCUUCAGUCGCCACAUCACAAAAUCUAUUAAAGUUCAAUAGACCGAGCGAUGAUAAUUUUUGGAAAGCAACAACACAACCGCCUUCACUUGAAGAUUUUUUCAGUAUAGCACAAUGGAUUGUCAUCACAGGAUUACUUGCACUUCCAACUCUACCAAUCGGAUAUCGGCAGUUCGCUUCUAAUUUUAGAUGGUUAUUUGGAAUUUUCACACAAUCUUCCUUUACUCGGCUAAGAAACCGAAUAUGUCCAAUCUUCUUAAGUGAUUGUUUAGAUUUUGCACAUAAUCCCGCGGCAAAUGAUGGAAGUAGUAACUGUACUUUUGAAAAAUCUUUGGCAUUGGAUUCGGACAUGAGACCACCAGAAAAACUAUUCGCGUCUAAUAAUAUCAGUAGUGCUCCAUAUAUUUCCUCCCACGUUGAUGGAAUUUCAGUAUAUGCUAGCGUAUUACAUAUUCAAACUUACGAUCUUUUCUUUACCGUGUUAAUGAUCUUUUUAAUUGCGAUUGCACUGGUUAUUUUCUUAGUUGGAUUUAUGGGUUUAAUCGGGAAAUUUUAUAAAAAAUGGGAUAUUGGGCAGAGUUUUCAUUUAUAUGUUCUAGCCGCGAUAUUACGAUUGGUAUUAUUGUUGUAUCAGCCAAUAACGUUACUUGCCAUCUAUCAAUUAACCAUUCAAAAUGACUGUUGGACAUUACGACUGCUACCAUCAUUGGUAAUUUGUAUCUUUUCAAUAGGAGCAAUAAUGUUCUGCGGCUACAAGAUCAUUCAUGCCUAUAACUCCAAUUCGAUUAAACUAUGGGAAACUAACGAAUAUCGAAUAGUCUAUUCGAGAUUAUAUCAUAAUUAUCUCGAAAAUCGCGUUUUAUUUUUUAUCCCACAUGUGGCAAUUAUGUUUCUCCGUCCCUUAGCAGUUGCUCUUCUUCGUAAUGGUAUCUGUCAGCUAGCAGUACUAGGCAUUCUUGAAUGCGCGUAUAUACUUCUUAUAGUACGCUAUCAACCUUUCGAUCGUAAAUCCACGAAUCGAAUGAACAUUGGUCUUGCGAUCAUCCGCGUUAUCACUAUUAUCAUGUUGGUUCCGUUCAUUGGCACGGAAAAGAUGGUCUCGUCUGUUUCACGUAUUCAACUAACAAUCGCGUUAAUCACGCUGCAAAGUCUUACGAUUGGAUUCAUGACGUUACUAAUUCUCCUUCGUGCUGGUGUUUUAAUAUGGACGAACGCUAAAAAAUGUUGCCAUGGUGGGAACGUUAGUGACAUUUCUGAAAAUAAUCAUAGUUUUGACGUGGAGCAAGAAAUGAGAUUAUACACGAAUAUCAGAAAUUUUACAUUCACUAAUGCCAAUGAUACUUCUAAUUACACAGAAGUUAAUCUUACUGAUGAUGACAAUAAGAAAAAAGAUAGUCAACCUUCGAUAGAAUAA